AUGGCCGCUGGCGCCAUGGCCGCUCCCUGGGGCAACGGCAACGUGCACUACAAGGUCGUUACCGAGUAUGAGUACGUCACUCACUACGUGACCGCUGGAGGCAACGCUCCCCAGGCCACCUACGUUCCCGAGCAGCCCGCCGCCCCCGUCCAGGAGUCGCAGCCCGCCCCCGUCGUCGUCAAGAAGCCUAAGAAGAACCCUGCUCCCCAGCCCACCUACGUUGCCGUCCCCGAGCCCGAGCAGGAGGAGGAGCCCGCCACCACCCAAGAGGAGGCCCCCGCUGCGACUCAGCCCAGCUCCGACUCUGGCUCUGGAUCUUCCAACCUCGACUCUGACCAGCAGAAGGCCCUCGACCUCCACAACGAGGCCCGCAAGGCUGUCGGUAACGAGCCUCUUACUUGGGACGAUUCUCUUGCCUCCGGUGCCCAGGAGUGGGCCGACCACCUUGCUCAGCUCGGUAGCCUCCAGCACUCUCAGGGUGAGGAUGGCGAGAACCUCUACAUGGGCAGCGGCUCCAACCCCUUCGCUUCUGCUGUCGAGGCUUUCCUGAGCGAGAAGAGCCAGUACAACGGCGAGGCCAUCUCCGGCUCCAACUACAUGUCCUUCGGUCACUACACCCAGUGCGUCUGGAAGACUACCACCAAGGUCGGUAUGGCCGUCGCUAAGGACAGCUCCGGUGCCUCUUGGGUUGUCGCCCGUUACCAGAAGCCCGGUAACAUGAUCGGUGACAAGCCUUACUAA